CAUUUGGCCAAUUUUCUGCUAUAUAAGCAUCGCAACUGCUGCACACUUGGCCACAACCACAGCAGAGGCAGGCCGAUAUAUCCAGUAUUCCAGUAGCAGAAGACAACCUUCCUGCUCACCUAGCUCAAUCACCCUGUCUGUAGAGGAGCUAUCUAGCUCAGGAUGGACACCGUGAAGAUCAGCCAUAGGAAGCACAGUGAGUCGCCAGGAGGAGGAAGAGGGCUGAGCAGGGUUCUGAGGGAGCACAAGGCCAGGCUUUACAUCAUCCGGCGAUGCGUCGUAAUGCUCCUCUGCUGCCAUGACUAGCUGAUUCAUCUCUGCUCUUCUCUGACCCCACCAUAGGUGUUUUGUUCUUGAUUUGAUUAUCGUUAGUUUGUAGGUAGUCUUGACAGAUUCUUUGGUGUGAAUGUACAUGAGGUAGUUCAGAAGUUGUAGAUAUAUCGAUGUUGCUGAUGAUUAACUUGGAUAUUGACGUUUGUAUGGUAGUGCUGCUAAGUCCUGCAAUUGGCAAGGAUGUGCAUGUGUUAGUUUGUUGGAUGUUGUCAUCCUUCGCUGUGUGAUGAAAGAUCUAAAAAAAUAUGAAUGGUAUAAAAGGUUUUUUUGUUGGCAUUCCAUUUAUCA